AUGGAUAAUACUGAAGAACGCAAAAAACAUUUACCCGAAAUUCGGGAAAGAUCAAGACAAACAUACUUAAAAGACAGAGCAACAAAACAAAUGCAUUUGUUAGAAUUAGAUGUGAUUGAUGAAGAUCUUUUAUUUAAAGAUGAAAAACUCACUAAAAAAGAGAAAAAGGAACUUGAGUUUAAGAGAGAAACUUUAAGGCUUACUAGAGAAAGACUUAAUUUAUCAAUAAAGACUGAUGAAUAUCAUAUGCCAGAAGGUAAAAUUGACAAAAAAAAGAAAGAUACAGUAUUAUAUCAACGUUAUGAAGAAGAUAGAGAUCAAAAAGGAUUUGUUAAUGAACAAGAAGUAUGGGAAAAGAAUCAAAUUGUGAAAUCACAAUUAAAUGUUGGAGCACAGGACAGACUAAAGGGAGAAGAUUAUGAGUUCGUUUUUGAAGAACCAUUGAUUGAUUUUCUAGAUUGGGAUUGGAAAGCAAAUGAUAAAGAUGAAGCACUUCUUGCAAGGAUUGAAGAAGCAGAGAAAAAAUUAAAAAACAUCGAGGAAGUUCGUAAAUCAUUACCAAUAUAUACUUAUCGUGAUGAUUUAUUAAAAGCUAUUGAAGAUCACCAAGUUUUGGUGGUCAUCGGAGAAACUGGUUCAGGGAAAACCAACCAACUUCCACAGUAUCUUUAUGAAGCAGGUUAUACGAAAGAUGAUAAAAAAAUUGGAUGUACACAACCAAGAAGAGUAGCAGCUAUGAGUGUUGCCGCUCGUGUGGCCGAAGAAAUGAACGUUAAACUUGGAUUCGAGGACAUUUCUCGAGUCAGAACUGAUCUUAGACUUAUAAUAUCUAGCGCAACAUUAAAUGCUCAAAAAUUUGCUGCCUAUUUUGAUGAUGCACCAAUUUUUAGGAUUCCAGGUAAACCUUACCCAGUUCAAAUUUGUCAUACAAAAGCUCCAGAAGCAAAUUACAUUUCUGCAGCAAUAGCUACCGUUAUGCAAAUACAUAUUUCACAAAAUACAGGAGACAUAUUAGUCUUUCUUACAGGUCAAGAAGAAAUUGAGACUGUUCAAGAAAGUUUACAACAAACAUGUAGAGUUCUUGGCAGUAAAGUAAAAGAAUUAAUAAUAUGUCCAAUUUAUUCCAAUCUUCCACCUGAUAUGCAAGCUAAAAUAUUUGAGGCAACACCACCUGGUGCUCGAAAAAGUAUUGGUGUAGAUGUGAUGAAGUUUGAAUUUAUGGAUCCACCUCAUGAACAAGGAAUGAUUUCAGCACUUAAUGAUUUGUAUGCACUUGGUGCACUAAACAACGAUGGUGAAUUAACAAAAUUGGGUAGACGUAUGGCCGAGUUUCCUAUAGAUCCUUUAUUAUCUAAAACAAUUAUAACAUCUGAGAAAUUUCAUUGCUCAGAAGAGGAUAAAAAAUUUUACGCUGAUAAGGCUCAUCAAAAUUUCAUUAAACCUGGUGGAGAUCAUCUCAUGUUACUAAAUAUUUGGGAACAAUGGGCAGAAACAAAUUAUUCUAUGGGUUGGUGUUAUGAAAAUUUUAUAGUAUAUCGAUCCAUGAAUCGAGCAAGAGAUGUUCGUGAUCAACUAGUGAAAUUAUGUGAUCGUACUGAAGUUGAAUUAAAAUCAAAUCCUGAUCCUGGUGACAUAAUUCCAAUACAAAAGUCAAUAGUUUCUGGAUUUUUCAUGAAUGCUGCAAGGUUGACAAUGUUUAGUGAUUCAUAUCACAAAUUAAAAUUUGGAGAUCCAAGUCGCGUUGUUCAUAUACAUCCCAGCAGUUCAUUAUUUGAAGAAAAACCAAAAUUUGUAUUAUAUUUUGAGUUAGUACUUACGAGUAAAGAAUAUAUGCGCCAAGUUAUGGAAAUAAAACCUGAGUGGCUUGUUGAAGCGGCACCUCAUUAUUAUUCAAAAGAGGAUAUUGGCGAAAAGAAGAAAAUGCCAAAAAACAAUAAAUAA